AAUGCGGACGGUUCAACAAGGAAACCAUUACCGUUCGCCGCAGAGGAUAAUCGCGGAGUUGAGCCUCCGAUGAGCGAGCGGGACUAGGUUGCGGGAUGACGUUGCGGGGACGAGCGAGGGACGAUUCAACAUGGCGUCGGCAAUGGAGAAAGAGCGUGCUAGCAACGACAUUAGCGAUGAGAAACUCGAGGCGCAGAACCGGGAAUAUUUAGAUGCUGUUCAGACGCAUACGAAUGAUCCUAUACCAGAUCCUGAUGCGGGCUUAAGCGCUGAGGAAAGGGCUGUCCUUGAUAAAAAGUUGCUCUGGAAGCUCGACCGGUAUCUGAUACCAUGGCUUUCGUUUCUUUACCUCAUAUCGUUCCUGGAUCGGACAAACAUUGGCAAUGCGAAAAUCGACGGACUUCAAGAGGAUCUACACAUGACCAAUGGCCAAUACAACGCCACGCUUUCGAUCUUCUUCGUCUCCUACUCUGUCUUCGAGCCCCUCACCAAUGUGCUGCUCAAGAAGAUGCGUCCCAGCAUCUUCCUACCCCUCAUCAUGAUCGGAUGGGGGAUCUGCAUGACGACCAUGGGGCUGGUACACAACUACGCCGGCCUGAUGACUGCUCGCUGGUUCCUCGGUAUGUGCGAAGCAGGUUUGUUUCCCGGUGUGAAUUACUAUCUCUCUUGCUGGUACAAACGUUCCGAAUUCGGCAUACGCGCUGCCAUCUUCUUCUCCGCCGCCGCACUUGCAGGUUCCUUUGGUGGUCUCCUCGCCGCAGGCAUCGCGCAAAUGAGCGGCAUAGGCGGGAAAGCAGGUUGGGCUUGGAUCUUCAUCCUCGAAGGCCUCGCCACAAUCCUCGUCGGCAUUGCCUCCUACUGGAUGGUCCACGACUUCCCUGACGAAGCGACCUUCCUCUCGGACGCCGACCGCGCGCGCGUCCUCCGCCGCUUGCGCUCCGACCAGCAAGCCUCCGCCUCGCACGAGUCCUUCAGGUGGAAGUACUUUUGGGCAUCCGUCGCCGACUACAAGACGUGGUGCUAUGCCGUCAUCUACAUGGGCGCCGACGGCGCGCUGUACGCCUUCUCGCUCUUUCUGCCGACCAUCAUCCGCCAGCUGUACCCGCAGCACUCGUCCACGGUUACGAAUUUGCUGAGCGUGCCGCCGUACGCUGCGGGUGCGAUUGUCACGAUUGCGAUUGGGUGGCUGGCGGAUCGCACGCAUCAGCGCGGGUUGUGCAAUAUUGGCAUCUCGCUGGUCGGGAUUGUGGGAUUCAGCAUGCUCCUUGGAUCGUCUAAUCCCUCGGUAAACUACGCGGGGACGUUCCUCGGCGCCAUGGGGAUCUAUCCUUGCAUCGCGAAUACGAUCUCGUGGGCGAGCAACAACGUCGAGGGAGUAUAUAAGCGGGGUGUUUCUAUAGGUUUCAUCAUUGGUUGGGGCAACCUCAACGGCGUCAUAUCAUCCAACAUCUACCGGUCGAAGGACUCGCCGAGAUUCAAGGUGGGACAUGGGGUUGUGUUGGCGUAUCUUGUACUUUGGCUGUUUGGUGGGAGCGUUGUGACGAGGUUCCUCCUCGCGAGGGAGAAUAAGAAGAGGGCCAGAGGCGACCGUGAUGAGUGGGUGGACGGGAAGAGCGAGGAGCAAAUUCGAGACAUGGGCGACAAGAGGCCAGACUUCAUGUACACACUUUAAGCGGAAGAACGGGUGCGAAUAGCGAGGGCCGAGACUGUUGUUGUCACUGUCAGCAGUAGCAACUGUACAUAUGGUACGACGCUGAAGUGGUAGCUUGCAGCGAAGUGAUAUGAUGUAUUUAACCAUAAUCCCACACUCUGUCAAUCAGAGCUCGCUUUCGCAUCCUACAACGUCCAGAUGACAACCCUACCAUCAACACCAGUCGAGCUGAUCUUCGUGACCUGUCCACC